GCUGUUUUAGAAUUUUCAGCGCAUUUCAAGUUUUUCUUCUGUUCCGUUUGUGUGUGUUUUAAAGUGGAAGAUAUGUUCCGCCUCCUGGUAAUUGCGGCCUGCCUGGCCAUCAGUGUGAACGCUUACUCCGAGGGUGCUCCCAAGGCCGCCUGCCGCGACCUGACCCCCCAGCACGGCGCCAAGUUGCAGACGGACAAGCCGCCGUACAGCAUCACCGGUCCGCCCCAUGUGCGCGGCGACCAGAAGCUCACCCUGACCCUGGGCGGCGAGGAGUUCCUGGGCUUCAUGAUCCAGGCUCGUGACGGCCAGAACCGCGUCGUUGGCCACUUCCAGGUGGUGGACCCCAAGCACUCACAGACCUUGGAGUGCUCCGCCAAGGACGACACCCUCACCCACCUGAAGGCCACCAAGGGCAGCCCGUUGACCAGCAUCUCCUUCGAUUGGAUCCCCCCAGCUGGCUACAAGGGCAAUGUGAAGUUCAUGGCCACCGUGGUCCAGACCGGAUUCGUUUACUGGGUGGGUCGCGUCACCAAGGAUGUCGAUGUGGAGUAGGCGCAUUUGUUUCCAGUGCUUGUGAUAGAACAUUUCUAUAAGAAAUAUUCAUGAUUCGUCUAAAAUCCUACAAGUCUAUGUUUACCGUUAAUGUUCCGAUUAGCUUUGGAGCGUAGUAUUCUUGAAAAUAAAGUGGACAAAAUUUCGUUGAUGAAA